UAUUAGUGUUUAAUGUUAAAGUUAAUAUAAAAACCCGUCGGUAGGUGUCGCUGUGUGACUUUAACUUCCGUUUUUUUCCGGUGGUGAUAUUGUGUUUCCGGGGUGAAAGGUGACGGGUCCCGGUUUGAAUCUUUGGACGGUCUCCGGUGGUGUUUUCGGUGUGAACGGAGCAGACCGGCGGGUUGUCAGUCUGUGGCGUGUUCAGACGUGUUUACCUGUGACCCGGUGAGGUUAAAGCUCGAGCUGCUGCUUCAGGAAUCCUAUCCACCUGUUGCCAUGGAGUCGGAGCUGCUGAUUGGCUGGCAGCAGGAGAAGGCGGAGCUCAAACGGGAAGUGUGUCGGCUGCAGGAGGAGCUGGCUGAGAGUCGGGCGGAGAGAGAGGAGCUGGAGUCCAGGAGCAGGGCUCUGAACGACAGGCUGUGCCAGUCAGUGUGUCCCUCGCUCGCCCUCUCUCUGCAUGUGGAGGGUGAGCAGAGGGAGUGGAGGAGGAGGGUGAGGGAGGGGAGGGAGAGGGAGGCCAGGCAGGCUCUGCUCAUCCACAGACUGCAGAACAAGGUGGUGGAGUACAGAGAGCGCUGCCAGCGUCUGGAUCUGCAGCUGCAGGAUGAACGAACUCAGCUGCUCAACACCGAGCGGAGGAUCAGACAUGAACACAGUGACUCUCUGGAGAGCGCCCUCAUCAGGCUGGAGGAGGAACAGCAGAGGUCAGUCGGUCUGGUUGAGACCAACACUCUCCUGCGGGAGCAGCUCAGCCAAUCAGAGCAGGCCAACCAGGCCCUGAGGAACGACCUCCAGAAGCUGACGGCUGAUUGGACGAGAGCUGUGGAGGAGGCGGAGCAGAGAGAGUCUGAUUGGCUGAGAGAGAAGGAGAGUCGGUCAGGUCAUGUGGGUCAGCAGCAGGCUCGGUUGCUGUCUGUUUGGAGAUCUGUCGUUGCUCUGAGACGACACUGUCACACCGUUAAAACUGCCGCCGACAGGGAUCUGUGGCAGUUGAGGGCGGAGUUUUCUCGUCUCUCCUCCUCCCUCCUCUCCAGCUGCGACUCCGUCUCCUCCUCCCUGUGGCUCAGUGCUCCUCACAUCACACCCUCCCUCUCCUCCUCCUCCCCUGUGCCUCCCCCUAUUCUCCCCUCUGACCUGCCUCCCCCCUCAUCUUCUCCUCCUCCUCUCUCCUCCACCCAAGUCCUCCCUCCUCCGGACUCCCCGGCCUCUGAGCCUCCUCCCAUCUCCUCCUUCACCCUGGGAACCUUCUCCUUGGGAGAGCUGGAGCACAGAGAGGAGGAGGAGGAGAAGGAGCUCCGCCAUGAGGCUGAAGUUUGUCAGCUGAAGGAGCGGAUUGUGGAGCUCUCUCGCUCACUGCAGGCGGAGCGGAGUCAGAGGGAGGAGAGAGAGAGAGAGGGAGAGAGACACAGAGAAACAGAGAGAAGUCUGCAGUCAGUCAGUCAGGCUGUGAUCAGACUGUCCAGAGUCCUGAGCAGCAGCAGUCGGUCUCUGUGCGUCUCCCCAGACAGCGUCCUCAGCCUGGACCUGUCCUCCCUGCUGUCUGUGCUGUCUCAGGCCGAGAGCGCCCUCCAGUGGAGACACGAGGAGCUGCAGGGGGCGGAGCUAUCUCUGCGGCGGCACGGCGAGGAGAAGACGGCUCUGCAGCUCCGACUGAAACAGCUGGAGGACGACAACCAGCGGCUGCAGACGCACACACAACACACUCAGCUGGAGCUCACACACACUCUGGACAUCCUGAGCAGGGAGCGCGAGGCGGCGUCCUCUCUGCGCCUGCAGGUGGAGGAGGUGCAGAGGAGGGAGGAGGAGGUGAAGAGGGAGAACGACAGGCUGAGGAGGGAGAGAGACAGACAGGAGGAGAGGAACAGACAGCUGGAGGCAGAGACUCACAGACGAGUUGAGACGGAGCUGUUGGAGAACGUCCAGCUGACCGAGAGGGAGACUCUCCACCGUAUGGAGAUCCACACUCUGAAGGGGGCGUUGGAGAGGGAGCAGCUGGACAAACAGAGAGCAGAGGAAGAGGCGGCUGAUGCCAGAGACGCCCUGCAGAAGUCCAGAGAGUGUGUGCUGCGUCUCUCCUCCUCCGAGUGUGUGCUGAAGCGGGAGGUGGAUGAGGGACGGGACGCUCUGGCCAAGAUGGCCGCCCUGAACUCGGCUUUGGCGGCAGACAAGAGAGAGCUGAACAAACAGCUGCUGCAGCUGGAGGGUGAGCUGUCAGACAGCCAAUCACAGCUGCAGGCUUUGAGGUCAGAGGUCAGCUCUCUGCAGAGAGAGGUCAAGACCCUCAACAUGGACUGCAGCCAGCUCAGAGCUCAGAGGGAGGUGGAGGCCGACGUUGUCCAUCAGCUGAGAGAAAGAGAGAAAGAGAUGGAGAGAAUAAUGGAGGAGAAGGAGAGAGAGUUGGUGUCCCUGGUGGAGGAGAGAGAGAGGGAUGGACGACAGCAGGAGGAGCUGUCCUCCCAGCAUGCCUCGGUGCGCGGGGAGCUGAAGGAGGCGCAGGAGCAGCUGCGGCUGGCGGCUGAGGAGGCGAGGAGGAGAGCCAGGCAGCAGGAGGAGCAGCAGAGGGAGAGCAGGCGGCUGCAGGAGGAGCGGGACAGUCUGAAGAGACACAGGGAGAAGAUGGAGGACGAGCUGCAGGAGCUCAGGUCUCUGUCGGUGUCGCUCCACCAGCAGCUCAGUCAGCAGCAGCAGCAGCUGUCACAGGUGGAGGUGGACAGGUGUCAGCUCAGCACUCACCUUCACACUCUGCAGCAGGCCAAACAGACGUUACUGGGGGAGAUGGAGUGUCUGAGAGGAGAACUGGAGCAGGCGACAGCCAGGAGAGGGAGGAGUGACGAGGAGAAGGAGGCGCUGACAGUGGAGAUGGAAGAGCUGAGGAGGAGGAGGAGGGAGGAGGAAGAGGAGGAGAUGAAGAAGGAGAGAGAGGCCUGGCAGAGAGAGAGAGAGGCUCUGAGCGAGGAGCUGGGGACGAGGGACGGAGAGGUGGAGGUGCUGAGGAGGCGCAUAGAGGGACUGACGGAGGAGAGGGAGGAGAGACAGAGGGAGGUGCAGAGACUGAGGGAGGAGGUGACCGAGAGGGAGGUGCAAAUCAGUCACAUGAUGGAGAGAAUACAGCGGGCAGAGGGAGAGAGGGAGAAACUGGAGGAGGAGCUGAGGAGGAUGGAAGGUCUGGUUGAGAGAGGAGGAGGAGAAGAGGGAGGACAGGAGGAGGGAGGAGGAGAUGCAGAGGGAGGGAGAGAUGGAGGCGCUCUGUACCGGAUGGAGAGAUUAGAAAGAGAGAAGGAGGAAAGAGAGGAGGAGGUGGGGAAAUGGAGGAUCAGGGUGGAGGAGGUGGAGGAGGACAUUAACAGACUGAGAAAAGAAAUCUCCCAACUAGAGGAGGACAGAGAGGAGGAGAGGAGACAGAAGAAGAGACUGCAAGACGAGGGAGAGGAGAAGAGGAGAAAAGAGGGAGGAGGAGGUGGAGAAAUUGAGAGCCAGGCUGGAGGAGGUGGAGAGGGAGAGAGAGGAGGAAAGGGUAAGAGGGAGAAGGUUGUAGGGGAGCUGGAGCUGCUGAGGGUGAGGCUGAACGUAGCCAAGGAGGAGUGUGAGGAGCUGAAGGAGGAGGUGGAGCGGAGGGAGCGCAGCCUGGAGCGUCAGAUGAGCGCCGUUAGGGAGAGGGAGGAGGAGGUGGAGGAUCUGAACGAGCGUCUCAGGCUGGCGGAGGAGCGGGAGGAGGAGGGAGCGAGGGAGCAUCAGGAGGUGAAGGAGAAACUGAUGCAGAAGGAGGUGAAGGAGGAGCAGCUGGAGGUGCUGCUGAGAGAAACCCAGCAGCUCCUGGAGAAGGAGAGGAGGCAGGGAGGAGAAAAAGACGACAGGAUCUCCUCCCAGGCCAGAGAGCUGCAGGAGGCUCAGGCCGAGAGCGAGGGAGCGAGGAGGAGAGCCAGGCAGAGGGAGGAGGCCAACGACAGGCUAGAGGAGGAGGUGAAGGAGUGGAGGGAGAAGGCAGAGCGCAGCACAGAGGAGCUGACAAAGCUCAGACAUCUACUGAGGGAAGGAGAGGAGGAGGCCCAGCAGCUGAGAGCCACGCUGGAGGAGAGAGAGGAGGAGGAGGGGAGGGAGAAAGAGACGCUGAGGAGAACAGAGGAGGAUAGGAGGAGGAGGCUGGACAUCAAGCUAAAGGAGGUAGAGGAGGAGAAGAGGAGGCUGGAGGAGAAAGUGAGGGAGGUAAAGGAGGAGCUGGAGGAAGAGAGGGAGGUGCUGAGGAGAGUCAGGGAGGAGAGGAGGAAGUUGGAGGACAGAUGGGAAGAGAUGAAAAAGGAGGUAAAGGAGCAAAGAGAGGAGCUGCGGAGGACAGAGGAGGAGAAGAGGAGGCUGGAGAACAGACUGACGAUGAUGCAGGAGGGGAGAGAGGGAGAGGAGGAGGAGCUGAGGAGGGUGAGGGGGGAGAAGACUAGACUGGAGGAUAAGCUGACAGAGAGGGAGAAAGAAAUGGAUCGACAGAAGGAGGUGCUGAGGAGUAAAGAGGAGGAGAAGAGGAGGCUGGAAGAUGAACUGAGUAAGGCCAAAGAGGAGCAGGACAGACUAGUGGAGACUCAGAGAGAUCAGCACCUCCUGGUGGAGGAGAGAGGGAGGUCCAGGCUGAGAGAGCUGGAGGAGGAAAAGGCAGGACUGUCAGCUGAGCUGAGGAGGAGGGAGAGGGAGGUGACAGCUCUGAGAGAGGAGGUGCAGAGGGAGAGGAACAGGGCACAGGAGGAGCUGAGGAGGAGACAUGAGGUGUCUGUACUCAGAGAGGAGGUGCAGAGGGAACAAAGGGAGAAGGAGGAGAUACAGGAGAGCCUGAGGAGGACUGAGAAGGAGGUGGCAACUCUCAGAGAGGCAGUGAAAAGGGAGCAAAAGGAGAAAAAGGAUGCACAGGAGGAGGUGACAGCCCUGAAGGAGGAAGUCCAUAAGGAGCAAAUGAGGAGGGAGGAGAAGAGGAGGGAGAGGGAGGAAGUACAGGAGGAGCUGAGGAGGCGAGAGAGGGAGGUGUCUGCACUUAGAGAGGAGGUACAAGAGGAACAAAGGGAGAGGAAGGAGGUGCAGCAGGAGCUUAUGAAGAGGAGAGAAGAGGUGACUGCUCUCAGAGAGGAGGUGCAGAGGGAGUUGAAGCAGAAGGAGGAGGUGCAGGGGGAGCUGAGGAGGAGAGAGAGGGAGGUGUCUGUACUCAGAGAGGAGUUACAAAAGGAGAGUGAAGAGGUGCAGCAGGAGCUUAUGAAGAGGAGAGUGGAAGUGACUGAUCUCAGAGAGGAGGUGCAAAGGGAGUGGAAGCAAAGAGAGGAGGUGCAUGAUGAGCUGAGGAGGACCAAGGAUGAGUUGGCAGUCAUCACAGAGGAGGUGCACAAGGAACAAAAGGAGAAGGAGCAGACACAGGAGAAGUUACUGAAGACAGAGACAGAGGUGCAGAAGGAGCGCAGGAGGAGGGAGGAGGUGCAGGAGGAGCUGAGAGGAGUGCAGCAGAGCGUGGAGGCGAUGUCGGCCAACCUGAGCUCCCUGCAGACUCAGGUGUCUGAUCUGAGUCAGAGCAGGGAGAGAGCCCGGCAGGAGGUGAAGGAGAAGGAGGAGGAGAGGCAGCAGAUGAAGGAGGGGCUGAGGGCUGCGCUGGAGGAGAUGACCAAGCUCAAACUCCUCCUGCAGGAGAGCCAUGCAGAGGGGGAGCAUCUGAGGAGCGCUCUGAAGGAAAAGAAGGAGGAGGCAGAGAGGAUCAGAGAGGAGAACCUGAGGACUGUCGGAGAGGAGGUGCUGCGACAGAGGGAGGAGGUGGAGAAGGAACGAGUAGAAGUAGAGGAAGUGAGAGCAAGAGCCAAGGCCCUGGAGAGGAGGAGGAGGGAGGUGAUGGAGGAACUGGAGGAGGCUCGACAGGCUAAGGAGAAGGCUGAGGGGGAGAAGAAGGAGGCCGAGGAGCGGUGGAGGAGCAGAGUAAAAGAGAUUGAAGAGGAGCAGGAAGUGAAGCUGAAAGCCCUGUUGAGAGAAAUCCAGACACUGAAAGAAAGACAGGAGGAGGUGGAGAAGGAGUGGAGGUCCAGACUGGAGGAGAGAGAGCGGGAGGUGGAGGAGAGCCGGGCUGAGCUGAGCCGGGUCAGAGCCACGGCAGCCAUGUUGGAGGAGCAGAAAACGCAGAUCUCCUCACUGGCUGCUGAGAGAGCAAGAGAGAGGAAGCAGGAUCAGGAGGAGGACCGGGAGGAGGUGCAGAUCUCCUCUCUGCUGCAGGAGAAAGAGGAGAUCAGGAGGCUGCUGAGGCAGAGAGAAACAGAGGUGUACACUCUGACUCAGAGGACAGAGGAGCUGGAGAGGGACAGAGAUCGAGUUCGAUUGGCUCUGGAGCGAACUGAGGCUGCUAUGAUUGGCUACAGGGAGAGAGCCCACCAACAGGAGCAGAGCUCGGGGGCGGGGUCUAACACAGACAAGGGUGUGGCGGACAGACUGGUGGUCCUGCAGCGUCUGGUGGCUGAACUGGAGCUGGAACAGAAACGACUGAACAAGAAAAACUCUCACCUGGAAAAUCAGAAGGAAAAACUGAAGAGAGACAGAAACACACUGAGAGACACAGUGAGACAGGUGGAGGAGGAGCGUUCGAGGCUUAGACAGCAGCUGACUGACAGUAGGAGAUUUCAGGGGUCGACAGACACCACAGAAGAAGAGCGCCUGAGGAGCCACGUGAGGGAGCUGGAGGACCAGGUGAGUCAGCUCCGUCUCUCAUUGGCUGUGGAUCAGCAGCAGAGGGCGGAGUUUAUCCAGCAGUCCUCCAGAAACAGCCAGUGGCUUCUCUCUCUGAGACACGACCUCAGUGAUUCGCUGGCCGCCGUCACACGCCAUCCAAUCCCAUCCGUCCUGGAGUCUGAGACACAGCGAUUGGAUCGCAGCCUGAGGGAGGAGGAGCUUAGGAUGUCCCUCAGCCAAUCGUAAUGCCUGAUAAAUAAAAACUCCUAACUGAAGCUUCUGACCAAAAAAUGUUAAACCUUUACAGGCUUGGAGACAAUCUGCUGGUUGCUGUGACAACAGCUUGAUUAUUCAGAACCUCAUUUCACAGAUUUUUUUUAAAGGUCAUUAAACACAGCACAGAGUUUAGAUCUGUCCUCUGAUUGGCUGUUAGCAGCAGUAACAGGUACAGGUCUAAACCUCCCUGUGGAGUUUUAACCUGCAGCAGCUGUGGAGCAGUUUUUUUUCUGUAAAUCAGUCUGUUUUGUCUCUACGCAGGAUGUCAUUCAGAUUCCUGCCACAGGUGGAGGUGACGCUCCAACAUCUGCACCAACACAAAGUAAAAAAUAAUCCUCACAUAUUUCAGACAGAUGAACCUCAUCAGACACGAGCUUCUUUUCUUCUUCUCUCUGCUUCAGCAGCAGAAACAGUCGUCCAGGUAACACAAGCUCUGACUUUAACAGGUUGAACAGGUGAAUAUUUAAACUUCUCAUCCUCCCUCCGUCACCCAGUCCCCCCCUCAGAAUAUUAUAUUUCACAUCUGUUUCGUUAAAGACUUGAUGAGUUUGUCUGCUGCUCAGCUUAAUGAAUCCAGGUGUUUAACUAACUUGGAACUGAAUCCAAAAUGGAUCCAGAUAUUUGUCAGGGCAGGAACCUCCUCUGCUGCUGCCAGUCUGACUGAGUGCUCGACUGACAGCGCCGUCAGCAGCCAAUCAGAUGAUGAACAAACGUGAGUCUUUUAGGUAGGACCUGAGACAGAUGUCAGGUGAUCCACAGGGGACCAGGUCAUGGUCUUUUAGAAGUUUUUAUGAUGUGCUGUCGACGGUUCCAGAGAUCCUGCUCUCCAUAGGACAGUCAUAGUGUUGCACUCGGGUGUCCACGUAAAAAGUGACACAGAUGAGGUGAAGUUUAAUCCCCGGCUUCUCUCUCGCCUUCACGCCGCCGAUCAGUCACAGCGUGAAUGUCAGAUCGUCCGUUUCAGAAAGUUCUAGAAAUGGAUGCACAGAUCCACAGAUCCACAGAUCCACAUGUAUGUGGUCACCGUGCAUUAGACCACAGAGGAGGUGGUGCAGAGAUGAUGAAGCAGGAACGUCUGCAGAACAUCACAGCUCCUCUGAUCCCCCUACUCCACCAUAUUAGCUCUGGUUCUUGAACCUGUUGUGUUCAGGAUUCUUGGAACCUUGGUUCUACCCGGAGAACCAGUCCAGGUCUCCUCCAGUUUAGAUCAGAACCAGUGUGAUCUGUGAUCUGUCAUUAAUGGAUCUCAUUGAUUACCUGUGAGAGUUUGUUCUGUUAUCACAGAUAUUUCUCACAUCACUUCUCCGUCCUCUCUGUCCAACCUGUAGAAUAGGACACGCCCACUAAUGAUGUCACUGUUCACACUUGAAAACCUGAUGUUUUUUGGUUCCAGGGAUCCAAGUUUUCGGGUUACGAACCAAUUUAUUUUUGAUAAAAUGGGUUCAAAUUUAGGUGCAUAAACCGAACAUAACCUGUUCCCUAUUGGUGGAGACUUUUAUUUUUUCACACAGGCAGAAAGAGAUUUUCUAACAACGCCAAACUCCGGGUGUGACAGUUCCUGUUCCAUUAUUAAAGUUAUGUAUCAGUUUACAGAGUUAUUUAUUGUUUUGUGCUUGUAUUUAUAUUCUGCUUUCAAUUGUCAGUUUGAAUGACACACUUCAUUUCCCAUGAUCCUUCAUUCUGAGCUGUGAGUCCGGCUCAUGUGGAGAUCAAAGGUCAAUUGUGUGUUUGUAAAAGGUUCAAUAAAGUUUUUAUAAUGUGA